CAGGUGAGUCAGUGGGAGAGUUCACCUGCUCCUGAAACAUGCUCCACCUCAGCAGCUCAUUGUUGCUCGCAGCAACAUGGUCCCUCAUGACCACAGAUGUGUCCUCAGAGCGAGUCGUCUCCUGUUCGGACGUCCAGCGUCUGAGCUGUGACAGUGGAGUGAUCAGCGUGCAGGACGCUCUGUAUGGACGCACAGACAGACAGACGUGCAGUGAGGGACGUCCUCCACAGCAGCUCCUCAACACGGCCUGCUCCCUGCCCGGGACCUUUGACCUCCUGAGGACCAGGUGUGAUGGGAAGAGAGUGUGUGAACUGAACAUUGAUGAUGUCAGAACUUCUGAUCCCUGCGCCGGCACCUUUAAAUACCUGGAGACCAACUACACCUGUCUCCCAGCAGUUCACCUCAACAUCUGUGAGCAUUCUGAGGCAGAACUAAACUGUGAGGACGGACAGGUCAUAUUCCUGUACGGAGCGGAUUAUGGACGUCGAGACCGGACGACGUGUUCCUACCGUCGCCCUGAGUCCAAUCUCCGAGACGUCCUCUGCUCAAGUCCCACGAGGACAGUGGCUGAGAGCUGUAACGGGAGGAGCAGCUGCCGGAUCAGAGCAGAGAACUCGGUGUUUGGAGAUCCGUGUGUCGGUACCGUCAAAUACCUGGAGGUGUCCUACACGUGUCAAUAUCCUGUGUGAACUCACUGACAUCACAGACACAUCAGAUUAUUUUAAUAGAUCCUGUAAAUCCUCAUUUUCUACUGUAUCUGUCUCAACGUAAUCAAAUCUGUGUAUGAUCACAACAGGUCUGAUUGAUAGAUCAUAUUUCUCCUCAGAUACAAUAAUCCAUCAGGUCAUUGAUCUUCAGUUCUGCUACAAAGUGUUUAUUCUAAUCAAAGCUGUAAAUCCUCUGAUCUUUCUGAUGUCCUCUGUGACACGGGACAUCUGUUGGACUAGUGUCCGUCCUGGAGACGUGUCCUCACAUGUGUCUCUGAGGUCUCUACCUUCUCCACCUGUUAAAGGUUUCAGUAGUUUGACUCUUGAAGAAGAACAGAGGACGUCUCACCUUGUUAAAGACUAAGAGACAAACUGUGAAUAUGGACUCUACUAAUAAAAUGAUUGAUUUUGUUUUUAUUUAAUUGUAUUUUAAUCAAUUGAGUUAAUUCCCAUUAAGAGAUUUCCUGAAACCCUUCAUCUAAAGGAACUGGUCUCAUCUUGAUCUUCUUAAACCAGUGAUAUUAGUUCUGAAGUAAUAACGAUGAUUCUGUGACUGGACUCGAGUCCUGAUUCCAGUUUGAAUGUAAAGAGAACGAGUCUGAAACAAUCCACAGCAACACAAACACAAAUAAAGAUGAAUUAUGAUCUCA